AUGCCCAAGAAGAACCGGAUCGCUAUCUAUGAGCUCCUUUUCAAGGAGGGGGUAAUGGUGGCCAAGAAGGAUGUCCACAUGCCCAAGCACCUCGAACUGGCGGACAAGAAUGUGCCCAACCUUCACAUCAUGAAGGCCAUGCAGUCUCUCAAGUCACGAGGCUACGUGAAGGAACAGUUUUCCUGGAGACCUUUCUACUGGUACCUUACCAACGAGGGGAUUCAGUACCUCCGGGAUGACCUUCACCUGCCCCCUGAGAUUGUGCCUGCCACCCUGCGCCGCAGUCGCCCCGAGACUGCCAGGCCACGGCCCAAAGGCCUGGAGGGUGAGCGACCAGCCAGACUGACCAGAGGAGAGGCCGACGGAGACACUUACAGACGGAGCGCUGUGCCGCCUGGUGCCGACAAGAAAGCCGAGGCUAGGGCAGGGUCAGCCACGGAGUUCCAGUUUAAAGGCGGAUUUGGUCGUGGAAGUAGUCAGCCAGCCCAGUAA